AUGGGGCAUCUUAUAUUAAUUGAUGCCCACAACGUGAUAGGUCAUGAAAUUACGCAGUUGUCUAGUCCGUUUUCUGGCAGUGCUCCAUCCAUUUGCCGGGAGAGCGACAUUGGCAUAGCAUAUCGGGAAAUGGUGUGGAAAAUAUUUUUCUUUUGGAUUAGCUUAUACUGUCUUGUAUUUGAAACGGAGUCUCUGUCUAAGCCACUGAGAUAUGAAAACAACAAGCGAGUGGGAUAUGACGACUUUCCAUCGAGGCAACGCCGAUUAAGAUUACUGCGGGAAGAGUCUGACAGCUCAGUUUCGCAUCCUCGUCGACUAAAAGACGUAGAUGACAACGACUCUCCGUCUGACGACACUUUGCCCGAUGAAGAGACUCGUCGCUUAUCAGCUCGUCAAAAUCUUAGAUCUGACUGGCAAAGUGAUACCCGCAUAGGUAAACGAAGGGGGCGAAGACCGAACGAGAAGCGCGCGAAAAUCCCAAGGUUCAGCUAUAUGCCUAUCGAGAUGGAUGGAAUCAAGAUGGGUGAGGACGAAAGCUUGCCCGGGUUUGAUGAACCGCGUUUUCCUAAGGUCACAAAUCGUUUGUUUAAGGGACCAGAGCCAAAACCCGACAGGCUUAUGAGACUAGAACAAAACUCUCCGCCACUUUCAGAGAAGCUUAGCACGUUCUCCAGGCUGAAGGAAAACGUAGGGCGUAGAGGGAAGCAGCUCAAUCGUGAAGAAGUUUCACCGGCAAAGAGGUUAAAUCUCCCUGAUAAACAUCAAGAAGGAUUUCCCAGGAAAAAGGCGCCGUCGACACUGGGCGAGUCACAAAACCAAAGGAAUCUACUCUCUGGAGACGAAGCGACCGAAAAUCGCAAUGAUCCAUUUUGGGUUGGUCGUCCAAAACUUCCAAUGAAGGGCGGGCCUAAACUAAAUGAACCCCCACCUUUCUUAUGGAAAAGUGACGAAAGGCUUGGGGCUCCUAAAACUCCAAGUGGUAAACAACUAAUUGAAACCUCAAUGGAAAGAAUCCAUCCGGAGAACGUACUGAAGGACUCCAUAGACGACAGUCACGCGGUCUACCUAGAAAGCAUAACGCCCGUCAAAUCCUUCCGGCCAAAAACGCAGAAAGAUACGGUUCUAUUGAGAGCAAGAUCUCCUCGGCUUUCGGAUCCAUCAUUUUCGGAUAUCAUGAGCGACCUGAACAAACGCGAAUCAUCGAGAAUGAAUGAGGAUUCAAUGAUGCUGCGAAAAACCGAGUCAUCCACAGGAUCCGUAGAAACGAGAAAAUCCAAACGUUUGGAUUCCAAAACGAAUUCUAAACAAACGAAGAAGUGGAUGAACCUCAAGCUGCUGGUUGACGAUUCCGGCCAACUCAAAGUGCAGAUGAAUCCAGAGCAAACUUUUGAAACCAAAGCAGACAGACCACGCGCCGAUCAAACGACAAAAACGAGGGCCGGUACUAAUGAACGGAAAGAAGCCAAACCUCAGGCAAUGUUCAGUCCAGCGCAAAUGUUCAAUUGGCGUGAAACACCCACACGUGAAUUUGAACGUCCAGGACUCGGACGUUCAGCGGGUACCAGUGCAUGGAGUGCCCCCGUAGAGGGAUCUUUGGACAAAAAAUCAUCUCUGGCUGAUACUAACAUCAAUCAGUUUCACCCAAGCGUCCCAACGGCAGAUUUUUCAUCUCCAUUGUUUAAUCCCCCAGAGAGUGGACCACUUCCAGUGUUUGUCAAUUCUCCAGUUGAUCAAAUGCCCGAUUCGACCAACCUCCAACCCAAGUGGAAUAAACCAAAGCUGUUGUUCGAGAAGGUGAAAAGUACGCUCCAGCGUGAGCUCGUACAACAGUCCCAAUCUAAUGCGAAAUCGGACAAAUCGAUUGGUGAAAUAUCGGCCGUGGAAUCUGAAGCGAUCCCGGCGGUACUGGACAUUGACAAUCCACUGCUGAGUGGUUGCAAGCGGGAGGUUUGCAGUAAGGAAUGUCCAGGCGGCUUGAGAAAACUUUCAUCAAAAACAGGCUGCCCAACUUGUGAUUGUUGUCCGGUAGUUGAGUGUAAAACAGUGUGUAGCAUUGGAUAUGACGCUGAUGACGACGGUUGCCCAACCUGUAAAUGCUCAGAUCAGUCAAAAUGACCGUUUAAUAUUUUGUUAUCCCGCUGAGCGUAGCAGGAUGAACUCAAAAGGAACCUUUGUGCACAACCAGGUAGUUUUUUGCCAGUAAUCUUUUUCAUUCAUGGACACUUGCACAUCAAAUCAGCACUUGGAACGAACCCUGUCCCAUAACAAUUAAUGGCCACAAAGUUCUUCAACCAAAAAGCAUUUUUUGGCUUUAAGCCUAUAGGACCCUCUAUAUUCACCCUGAAAAAGAUAAACUACGUUGAAG